CAUGUUACUGAGCGGAGCUCCUCCCGCGGGCUCUCGCCCGGGGCCGCGGGCGCAGGGGAGCGCUGGGGGCGGCCCGGGGGGCUCCCGCCGGGGCGCCGCGAGUGCGGGAGCCGGCCCAGGAGGGGGCGGCAGCGGCGGAGUAGCUAAGUGGCUCCGGGAGCACCUGGGCUUCCGCGGGGGGGGUGGCGGCGGAGGCGGGGGCAAGCCGGCGCCCCCGGAGCCCGACUACCGCCCCCCUGCGCCCUCCCCGGCCGCGCCCCCUGCGCCGCCCCCGGACAUCCUGGCCGCCUACAGGCUGCAGAGGGAGCGCGACUUCGAAGACCCUUACUCCGGGGGGUCAUCCGGCUCCGCCGCCCUCGCUACCCCCGCUACCCCUGGCCCCACGCCGCCCCCGCGCCACGGCUCGCCCCCGCACCGCCUUAUUCGGGUCGAAACCCCUGGGCCCCCAGCGCCCCCUCCCGAUGAGCGGAUCUCCGGACCCCCUGGCAGCAGCGACAGGUUGGCAAUCCUAGAAGACUAUGCGGACCCAUUUGAUGUUCGGGAGACUGGUGAAGGCUCAGCAGAACCUUCAAGAGCCCCAGAGAAGGUCCCUGAAAAUGACGGCUACAUGGAGCCCUAUGAGGCCCAAAAGAUGAUGGCUGAGAUCCGGGGCUCCAAGGAGACAGCAGCCCAGCAAUUGCCUCUGUAUGACACACCCUAUGAGCCAGAAGAGGAGGGGGCCACACCAGAGGGUGAGGGGACCCCCUGGCCCCGGGAGUCCCGCCUGCCUGAGGAUGACGAGAGGCCCCCCGAGGAGUAUGACCAGCCCUGGGAAUGGAAGAAGGAGCGGAUUUCCAAAGCCUUUGCAGUUGACAUUAAGGUCAUCAAAGACCUACCUUGGCCUCCGCCUGUGGGACAGCUGGACAGCAGCCCCUCCCUGCCUGACGGGGACAGGGACAUCUCCGGUCCAGCCUCGCCCCUCCCUGAGCCCAGCCUGGAGGACAGCAGCGCCCAGUUUGAAGGAUCGGAGAAGAGCUGCCUGUCACCUGGCCAGGAGGAGAAGGGGCGGCUUCCUCCCCGACUCUCUGCAGGGAACCCCAAGUCAGCCAAGCCCCUAAGUGUGGAGCCCAGCAGUCCCCUGGGGGAGUGGACAGAUCCAGCUCUGCCUCUGGAAAACCAGGUCUGGUACCACGGGGCCAUCAGCCGAACAGACGCCGAGAACCUGCUCCGGCUGUGCAAAGAGGCCAGCUACCUGGUGCGCAACAGCGAGACCAGCAAAAAUGAGUUCUCCCUCUCCCUCAAGAGCAGUCAGGGCUUCAUGCACAUGAAGCUGUCCCGGAACAAGGAACACAAGUAUGUGUUGGGCCAGAACAGCCCACCCUUCAGCAGCGUCCCUGAAAUCGUGCACCACUAUGCCAGCCGGAAGCUGCCCAUUAAGGGGGCCGAACACAUGUCCCUGCUCUACCCCGUGGCCAUCCGGACUUUGUAGAUGCGAGCCCAGGGCACUGUGAUAGACCUGGAGUGCCGUCACCUGGCUGAGGGACAUGAUCUCGCAAACCUUUCUUUCCCUUUCCCUGGGAUCUAGUAGAAGCUGGAGAUUCCUUUAUUUAUUCUAAAGGGGAAGGGCCACUGGGGCCUUGGAAUAAGAGGUUGUCUGGAGCUGAGCAUAGAGAAAACCUUGGAGAGAAAAGACAGCCCCUGGAGGAAGGGAGCCCCAGAGCCGCUGGUCUCUCGAGGCGUUUAAGAUUGGCAGCUCCAGCCCCUUUUCGUCCCUAGCACAGAGGUGGUGGCGACCUCCUUCAUCACCACCUUCUCCCCACUGGGUCAAAGAGGGGUGGGGCAGGACGCGGGCCCUCGGGGCGUCCUGACCAUCUCUCUGCCUCCAUCCCCUCGUCACCGGAGGGUUCCGCCCAGAGGAUGGUGCGGAGCUUGGGGAAGGCAAACCCCUGGGAUGGAGAUGGCUUUAGGGGCGGGGAGAGGAGGCGAAGGGCUCGGGUCGGAGGGAACCGUGCGGUCCCCGGGCCGCCCCGGCUCCGGGCCAGAGGCAAUAAAUAAACCCGAUCCUGCCAGGCA